UUUAUUAUCUGUAGCUCUUCCGUAAAUGUCCCCAUCCAUCUUUCAAUGCGUUUCCUAUUCUAAUUCGAUGUAAAAUUUUGAAAAACUUGCCCUUCUAUAAAUAGUUUGUCAGUGCUUCAACUCUUUGUUGUUCGUGUAGUGUUUGUAAUUCAAAAGAAGUGAAAAAAACUUUUUAUACGAUGUCAUCAGGAAGGCCGAUCAAAUGUGUGGUCGUCGGAGAUGGUACUGUCGGUAAAACUUGUAUGUUAAUAUCGUACACUACAGACAGUUUUCCUGGGGAAUAUGUACCUACAGUAUUUGACAAUUAUUCAGCACCUAUGGUUGUGGAUGGAGUAGCAGUAUCUCUAGGACUGUGGGAUACUGCUGGCCAAGAAGACUAUGACAGACUUAGACCAUUAAGUUAUCCACAAACAGAUGUCUUCCUCAUAUGCUUCAGUGUAACAAGCCCAUCAUCUUAUGAAAAUGUGACUUCAAAGUGGUAUCCUGAGAUAAAGCAUCACUGUCCUGAUGCUCCCAUAAUAUUGGUUGGUACAAAGAUUGAUUUGAGGGAUGAUCGUGAGACCCUCAGUUUGCUGUCGGAACAAGGAAUGUCGCCUUUGAAAAGGGAACAAGGUCAGAAGCUGGCCAACAAAAUUAGAGCCGUUAAAUAUAUGGAAUGCUCUGCAUUGACUCAGCGUGGACUCAAACAAGUGUUUGAUGAAGCUGUGCGCGCAGUAUUAAGACCUGAACCGCAGAAGAGACAUCAGCGGAAGUGUUUAAUUAUGUAAAUAAGACUCCAUGACAAAUUCGACAAUUAUACAUGCAGAAAUCUCGCGACGACAGUAAUAAUGUGUUUCUAUACCAGUAUGCUCUUCCAAUGUAACAAACAACUGAUUUUUUUUAAAGAAUAUUGAACAAAAUUACAGUAAAUGCAUCCCAAUAAGUGCCAUAAAACACAUUCUCCAUACUGCAUAGUGAUACUACAAAUGUUAAUAAUUGUAUCUGGAUCAUCACACAACUAUUUUUAUUUAUAUUUUCUGCUUAUAUUUAAGCAUAUGAAAAUGCCAAAGAUUUUAUAAAUAGAUGUAAGACUCAGUAUAUUAUUUAGUAUGUUUUGUAAAGAAAUCUUCAAUGGUUAGAAACAAAUUGUUACUGUUAUGUAAAAUGACUAUAAUGUUAUUUUUGUAUAUGCAACUGGACCUCAAUAUUCGAAGUUUUGAAAUAUAUUCUUAUGCAACUUGUGAAUAACGACUGACCGUAGAUGCUAGUUUUAACAUACUCAAUUUAAACUCGAAUUAGUUGCAGAUAUUUAAGCAUUUAUUAUCCAGUGAAUGAUGUAUUGGUUAAGCGGUAUUUUAUUUAGAUAUAUUAAUAUUAUUAAUAUCCAUGCUUAUAAUAAUUAGUAGGUUUGCUUUAUUCUGGUUGAAUAAAGUGUUAUGGAUUCAUGCUGGUUCUCAUAAGCUAACAAUUUGUAAAGGCAAUAGCAUAUGAAUUUUUAUAGCCAUGUAUUACAUACGUAAUAUAAGUCUGACAAUUCUCAUACCGUAUCGGCAGCUGAAAUGACUGUUGUAAGCUUAGUGGUGGUGAAAUUUACUCUUAUCGCCAUUAUUUUUCUGAUUCUUUUCAAUUUUCUUAACUUACUUAUUUAAUUAUAUUAUUUCGAAUAAUGUUUGUGAUUAGACAAAGUGUGUUUAUAGUGAUUUAUUAGGGCGAAAUAUUUUUGUAUGUGGAAAUCUUAGAUUUAAGGAAUAUAAUGCAUUUAAAAAGUACUAAUUUCGCAACGAAAGUUGAGCACAACAAGUCGCAUGCAAUGUCUCAUGCAUACAAACAAGGAAGUAGUAUAAGAGCUGAUGUUUGCUUAUUCUCAGUCCUCACAAAUGAGGACAAAAGCGGCAUUUCAGAACGAAAGAUAAUGUUGUGCGUGUUGAUAACUGCACCAUCAAUUAUUGAUAUUAUUUGUAGACUGCUUUGAUUUACAUGUAAAGCUUCAAAAAUAAUUCGUGUAUAUACCUAUUUAUGUAAGAGCUAAAUGAAACUUGUGUAUUAUGCACUUCAUAAAUUAUUGAACUUUA